GGGAGUUGGACAGAGUCGAGUGUUUUCGCGUCCGGGGAGGGCUAGGUCGCCAUUGUGUUGCUGUGGGGAGCGGGAGCUCUCGCUCAUCGACGACGACGCCAUGGACGAGUUCUGCGGUGGAAGAUUAUGCGAGCGAGAAGCAGGCCGCAACCCAACGUGCCAUGACGGACAGGGCAGGAGCAGUGUGCAGUAGUGUUUAGGGCAUGAAUGUUGGGUGGAAACACUGAAAACUUUUAUCAUGACGCGAUGGAAUAGCUGUGAUGGGGCCACAGGUAAGCCCUUUUUACCCCACAUCUGAAGCUUCCAAUCGAUGUGCGGAAGAAAUCAGCGAUUUCAUUGGUGAGCUUUCUUUACAUAUGAGCCAUGAUGAUGCCGAGGAGACUAUGGGUUUAAUUGAAGCUGGGAAUGCAGGCGAGAGUACGGAGUUUGGGAAUGUAGAUACCAGUAGAUUGAGUGUAAUGUCUUCGGAAGACACGGAAGUCGGAGAGGAGGGUAGAUUUUGCGACACCAGUAAUAAAGUAUGGAAACCCACAGUAUGGAAUUCCCAUUCGGCUCCCCCGAGUCCCGUCGGACGCAGCCCCAGGCCUCCUCAGCCUUUUGUAAAUGACAUAGAAAAAGGGGGGCCACUCCCCUUUCCCCUGACUCCUCGUCCACAGCAGAGUUGUAAGGCGAGACCAUCUCUGCCACCGUUGCAACCACUGUCCAUCACAAGGAGAACCUAUGAGGAAUGGUCCAUGGGUGCGUACGAUGACCAGGGGGGUGUGUGGAAUCUACCAGGCACCCCAUCUCGAAGGUGGGAGAACAGGGGUAAGAACGGUUUGGACAUCAAGCUUGAUAUGGGCGCUGUACACCGCAGUCGAGAUCAAUCAGAGCCUUCUGAAUUGCAGCUCAGGCGAGAUAAAUUUGCCUUCUUCGAUAAAGAGUGUUCUCGGGUAGCGGAUCAUAUAUACCUAGGCAGCGAUGCCGUCGCCAGGAACAGAGAAACACUGAGGGCCAACAAAAUCACGCAUGUACUUAAUUGUGUGGGAUUUAUGUGUCGGGAAUAUUUUCCCGAAGAUCUUAGCUACCUGACUUUGUGGUUGCAAGACAGUCCUUGCGAGGAUAUCACAAGCGUGUUGUAUGAUGUGUUUGAUUACUUUGAGGAAGUCCGAGAGCAAGGCGGCCGGGUGUUUGUGCACUGCUACCAAGGAGUAUCGCGUUCUACGUCUCUGGUUAUAGCCUAUCUCAUGUGGAGGGAGGGUCAAAGCUUCGAGGAUGCAUUCCAGGAUGUGAAGGCCGCUAGGGGUGUCACUAAUCCUAAUAUGGGCUUCGCUUGCCAACUUUUGCAAGCUCAAAAGCGAGUGCAUGCUGCCCCGGUCAGUCCAAACUCCGUGUUGAGGAUGUACAGGAUAUCACCCCAUUCAAAGUACGAUCCUUUGCAUCUGGUGCCUCGGACCGUGAAUAAUCCUGGAGAAUCAGCCCUUGACUCUAGAGGAGCGUUCGUUGUCCAUGUUCCGAACUUCAUUUUUGUCUGGCAGGGAAAGGCUUGCGAACCAGGAUUGAUGGAAGCGGCGCAGGGGGCAGCUUCUCAGGUUGUGCGAUACGAGAGGGCUCAAGGGGCCAUAAUUCUUGUCCGCGAGGGGAGUGAGCCCCCGGAGUUCUGGGAUGCUCUUCGAAGAGGUGGGUCGGCUCAAGAUUCUUGUAAGGCUAGAAUGGAUGCGUGUAGUUCCGUGCUCUCUCAAGCUGGACACGGGGAUGGAUCCAACAGCUCUUUUGUUGGGGAUUGUGGCAGUGAAGACUCUGAGAAAUUGCUAGGCACGAGUCUCAGAUAUGUUGAAGCCUACGACGAGGAUUUUGAGCUUUUCCGAAAAGCAAAACUAGGAAUAAUAGCAGCCCCCCCUGUAUCAGGAGGAGCUAUUACACAGGUGCCUCCGACAGACAAUGGCUGGAGUCGUUUACGUUGUAAAUUUUUUUCGGGUCCGAGAGGUAAACUCAACGGUUCUUUUCAUGAACGACAAGUGAAGCAGCAAGUAGUUAACGAGUUGUUGAAGGGAACUGAGGAUCGAAUUAGUACUGAGAACAGAUCGCCGGAUGGCUGCACUUCAUCUGCAAGCCCCGUUGCUUCUCCAGAUCCGUCUCUCUGUUCUAAUUCAUCACUGUUUUCUCAAGAGUCCGUAUCUUCUGCAUCUUCUUGUUUCCCUUCACCGGUGUCCAGCUCUCAAUCUCCUUUCCCGUCCCCCUCGCUGUCACGCAUACCGUCAGGCUCCUCGCAAACUUGGUCCCCAUCCGCAUCCGCAAACCCAUCUCCCCCAUCAUGUCCAUCUCCUCCUCCGCUGUCUGUUUGUCAUACACCUGAAGAAGCAAAUUCAAAACCCUUAUCGCAGCGUCCUCCAUCUGCAACCCAAUCACUAUCCCUGGCCCAGCGCAGAGGAGGAGUAUCCCCUUCACUGCGUUUGCCUGCAUUAGUAGACGAUCCUCCAGCGACUCCUAGAGGGGCAUUAAGGAGACCAAAACUACCUCCUAUUACCGUGGUCAGGAAGCCAGUUCAGGGCGAUAUUCUAAAACUUAAUGCAGGCCUUCGAAAUAGAUUGGAGGUUCCUGAUCGAUUGAGUACAACCUGUGUGGACGGGGCGGUUGAUUCUUCUCACGGCAACGAACCUUCUGAGCUGGGUGAGUCUUCAAGAUCUAAGCAGCAAGGGGUUUCUCCAGAUGAGUUCUUUGACUGCGAGGACAGCGACACGCCCUAUUAUACUCCAUUUGCAGCAGAACUUAGAAACUCGAUUUCUUUUUCGAGGAAUGCGUCCCACCUUUCAUGGGAAAGCUCUUCGUGUCGCUCAUUGGCUCUUGAUGACGAGGAGGGAGGCUCGCCGAAGCUAUUUGAGUGGCCGAGGAUGGAGAAGAUCAAUAUGUUCGAUAUCGAUGAUCUUGAUUCGAGGGCCGCAUUUAUUCUCUGGGUACCAAGACGAACUCGGGAUGAUGAGGACAGUGGAGUUGAGAGCUCAAGUCAGGUCUUUGUCUGGAUCGGAAGAGAAUUUAGAGCAGAUGGUGGAGACACACCGGAAGCAGUCAACAAGAGCUCUCACGAGAUUCAGCAGCUUGAUAGCCAACAAAUAGGAAGUGACUUUCUUGAACAAAUGCGUCUACCGAAGGGAAUCCCCAUUAUAGUCGUGGAGGAAGGAGCGGAACCUGAGUUUUUCUGGGAGAACUUCAAAAAUGGUUGAUGUCUUCAAGACUUCUUACUUAUAAUUCUACGGGUCGAAUCAUCAGGAAUAUAACUCCUGCCUCUUGCAAGGUGUGGACCAGCUUCAAGUCAGGUUCACUGUACACGUUGACUGGAAAUGGUAAAGGAACAGCAUAUUGUGUGCCAUUGCAGUUGGUAGUUCUUGUUGUGAUCAUGAGUUGGAGAUCAACGGUGAUCAUGUCAUUCAGUGUCUUGUAAGAGGAGUUCCAGUGAGGGGAGCCCUCUGUUGUCAUAACAAGACGUAUGGAGGUCGACAGUGUGUACAGAGAUGCCAUCAGAGAGCACCAGCUGUAUGAACAUGUCCACAUGUCUUGGUGCUAACCGGUACAGACGCUCCAAUAUUGAUGAUUUGAUCAGCAGGGCCAAGAGCAGCUGACCAAUCAAUGCAAGCUUUCAAGGUGCGAUCAUAAAAAAGGUCACAUCUACUUAGGUCUGACAGGCAAACAGCUUUUCUUGUGUUUAUGCGGAGUUAACGGCUCAGCGUCAUAUCUGUGUGUUUGCUGAAAAUUUUUCAAUGUGACCCUUAACAACAAAGGCACCAUUUGGUCAAUCAUUGACCUCUGAAGAUACAGUGGUACAGUGGUAAUCUGCCUACGAAUAUUGGGGAGAAGCUGCAACUGCCUCAAACAUGGCUUUCAGCUGUUGGGCUAGUGAAGGGAAGGCUUGAUGUCAAGUCUGUAAAUCCUUGGAUCCCAUUGGUGCUACCCUAGUUGGUGCACUUGGUAGCGAUUACUGUAGGACCCUUCAGCUGGAACGGCGAUAGGCAAAAGAAUUUUGUUGGUAGUGGAUCCGUGAUAUGUCAUUUUUUCAAGCACAAGUCACCUAAAGUUCUCAAAAUACUGAUUGUUGUGCAUAACAUGUGAAUCUCCUGGAAGAUUGUCGUUUCAGUCUAUAUCCUGGAAAGCUUUGCACUUCAUUUAUCGGUGAUCUCUUUUGUCGUAAUUGGUUGUGUGAUUGUCGUAGGAUUGAGGUUGCCACUUCAAAGUAAGCAUAGGUUAUGAAGAUAAGAAAGUAAGAUAUGGAAGACGAGAGAUGACGUUCAUAGAGUUUUGGCGGGUUAAAGGUCAUACUUCAUCUCUAGAUAUAUCAAGUGAUACCUCAUGUGUUGUCUUUCAAAGCCCAUUGAACUCUUUUCGUCCAAGUUUUGGGCAGUAUCUCAUUCGAAUUCAGAUCAAGGAACAAG